UUGCUAUAUGGUUGAGGUCCUACAGCGUGGCACGCCAUGGGACCUAAAAUUUUGUUAAUUUUUUCUCUCAGGUACUACUGUCUUGCAGCCAGUGCAGCAUUGAUAAAAUAUGUUGAAUUUGUUCAAAACACAAUAUACGCAUCAGAAUCAUUGAGAAUCGUAUUCAAAGGCAGCGAACAAACUACUUUAAUAGAUGCUGGUACUUCUUCUGUGUUGGAACUCGCUGUGAAUCUAAAUGACCCAAAAAGCGACCAGUCUUUAUAUGGUGUUCUGAACCACACAAAGAAACAGGGAGGAUCCCGUCUUCUCUGUUGCAACGUCCUCCAACCUAAUGAUGUUGAGACCAUCCAAGGGAGGCUAGAUUGCGUGGAGGAUCUUUCAAACUCUUCAGAGCUCUUCUUUGGCUUGCAGUCUGUGUUGGCACGAUUUGACAUCGAUAUAGACCAUUUGCUAUCCUUGUUAGUUCAAAUACCCAAACAAGAGACAGGUAAAUCUCGUGAAAGACAUAUGACUACUGCUAUAUUGUUGAAACAUGUUACUGAACUGGUACCAGCAUUAAGUGACGUAUUAUCCCACGCAAAAUGUGAAUUAUUUGUUGCAUAUAAGGUUUCAUUACAAGAUGCUAGAUACGGUUGUAUCGUUGAUAUAAUAAACCGAACUAUACAUGAAGAUGCAAGAUACACUAAGGGGCAUUUAAAUAUGAAAACCCAACGUUGUUUCGCGGUAAAGCAGGGACUACAUGGCGUAUUAGACCUUUCAAGGAUCACAUAUACUGAACUAAUUGAAGAUAUAAAUGAGCUAAUAGCACAGCUUGGUGACAAACAUGGGCUACCAUUGAAAAGUGCUUAUACUAUAUCACGUGGCUUUCAUAUACAACUAGCUACAAAAGCAACAGAUCAACUGCCAUCUGACUUUAUAAAG